AUGGCCGAGGGAUCAGAGCCAGCCAGCGUGGAUUUCAGUAUCUGCACUGAUAAUCUGCAUGAGGGGACUGUGUCCAGCAUCAGCAAAUUUGCAGAUGACACCAAGCUGGGUCCCGACCCCGGCCCCGGCCCCGAGCCCGACCCCGGCCCCGGCCCCGGCUCCUCCCGGGGCCCGCGCAGGACACACGCGGCGCGGCCGCUCCCGCCGCCUCCGCUGCGGCUUGCCCGGCCCGAGCUCCGCCGCUCGGCAGCGCGGCCCCCGGCCCCGCGGCUCCCGGGUCGCGUUGCAAAGAGCGAACGCCGGGGGAUGGCCGGGCCGGGGCGGGCGCAGGAGGCCCUGCAGGAGCGGUACCGGCUGGGCUCGCUGCUGGGGUGUGGAGGAUUCGGCAGCGUCUGGUCGGGGACGCGGCUCUCGGACUGCACCCCGGUGGCCAUCAAAAAAGUGCCUCGGAACCGCAUCUGGCAUUGGAGCGAGCUGCCCGACGGCACCCGCGCUCCCCUGGAGGUUGUGCUGCAGGACAAGGUGUCCACAGGCUUUCCCGGUGUCGUCCAGCUGCUGGAGUGGCUUGAGCUGCCCAGCGACAUUGUGAUGGUGCUGGAGCGGCCAGAGCAGUCUCAGGACCUCCUGCAUUUCAUUCGGGCACGGGGGUUCCUGCGCGAGGAGGUGGCGCGGCAGCUGUUCCGGCAGGUGCUGGAGGCCGUGCGGCACUGCACCAGCUGCGGGGUCCUGCACAGAGACAUCAAACCAGAGAACAUCCUGGUUGACCUGGCCACCGGGCAGGCCAAAUUGAUUGACUUUGGCUGUGGCACCUACCUGCAAGACACAGCCUACACUCACUUUGCAGGAACACCAUCAUACAGCCCCCCGGAAUGGACCCGCUUUGGCUGGUACCAUGGCGAGCCAGCUACCAUCUGGUCCCUGGGCAUCCUGCUGCACAAGAUGGUCUGUGGGAAGAUG